AUCAAAUUCGAUUAUGGCAGGUCAAUUUAACAACUUGGCAUGGUAGGCGUGAAGUGAUCGUGGAGUGACCGAGCCGUGUUUCCGCAAGUCAAAAUAACCUACGAAUUUGUUAUGAAACUCACCCGGGUGUGACCGUUCAGUGCUCCGUCCGUCGCCGAACAGUGAACUUAAAUUAGUAAUGCAGAUAAUUUUCGGUUUUCACGACCGUAUUUUUUUAACAAUUUUUAAAGAUGAAUGACAAAAAGCUUAUAGAACUAGUACGUAAUUAUCCCGUGUUGUAUGAUUUAUCCAACCCAAAGUACAUGGACACUGAAUUCAAAACCAAUAUUUGGAAUAAAAUAGGAGAAGAAAUGAAAACGCCUGGCCCAUCUUGUAAAAGUAGGUGGAGCAACAUAAGAGACAAUUUCAGAAAAUCUUUAAAGAAAACUGCGAGUGGUCAAAAAGCGAAAAAUGUAAAGAUCUACAAAUAUUCCGAACAGUUGGGCUUCUUAACAAAAUACUUCUCAAAGUUUGAGGAGACCAAAAGUAAUAUAGAUUAUGUGACAAAAAAGGAGGAUGAAGAAUGUCAUGAUGAAUUGUUACCAUAUGAAAGUGUCGAGAACAAUGAAAGCACACAAAAUUUAACAGAAGUUGAUGGUCCUGCAACUGGGUGGGAACAAAGACAAACUUCGGCAUUAAAAUCAACACAGCAUAAAAAACAUAAAAGGUCAUUAGUGAAAACUACACCUCCACAAAUUGCCUCUUCCACUAUGGAAUAUCCCGUCAAGGAACGAGAAAGUUUCUCAACACAAGAUCCCGUUGACGCUUUUUUAUCAGGAAUAGCACCCGUAUUGAGAAAAUUACCCCCACAUUACUGGCAUUACGCCAAAGCAGAUCUAUUUGCUGUUGUACAAAAAUAUGAACUUAAAUUGCUAAUGGGACGGCAAUGUGCAGAUUCAUCUCGCUUUUCAGAUUGUUCCAGCUCGAUGUCCUCAGAAGAAACUUCUCCUACAUGAAGCUUCCUGAGUUCUACAUGGAAUGAACAUUAAGAGAAAUCUUAUGGAUCAAAUACAAAAUAUAUAUUCAUCACAUACUUGUUAUUUUAUAGGAUGUUUGACUAAAAUAUUCUUUUAGUUAUUUUAUUACCAAUAAAUUAAGUGUAAACAAUUACUUUUGAAUUAGCAUACUUACCUCAAGCCAUUCCUCAGCGAGAUGUCUUUCUCCAGCGUGCAUCUUGGCUUUUCAGACUUACUCCUAAAUUUUUUAACAAUUAAUUAAAAGCAUAUUUGGUCAUUCUAAUAUAUUCAUGGAACUUAACAUUUUUUUAAAAAGUAUAUUUCAACUUUGAAAUAUGAACUCUUGUUUUUGCAGCAAAGAGCCCCUUAUGUCAGGUUCAAACACCAAGCAGAAACUGUAAUUAAUUCUUUACUCAUAUUCUCAGUCCAUUCUGUAAUAUUUCCACAUCUGCUGGACCCUCACCCACAUUUUCACUUCUUUUUAUUGGUCUUGUUUGUUCAAAAUUAGUACAAUCAUCAGCUCAUUAUUCAAAAAGUACGGCAUUUCAGGUACAAAAGUUCACUUUGGUCUAAGCCCUUGCUGCUUAACAAGUUUUUUCUUUCUAAUCUAUGUUCCAAAAAUUCACCCUUUUUUUAAUUAGUUAUUUCUAUUCUUUAGGACUAUUUUAAAGUUAUGUACCAAAUGGCAAAUUAUGAAUAUGAUGUACCAUGAAAUAAAUCAAUUAAAAUAUUCAUUGUUAUUUAAAAAUGUAAAAAAAAAUAACAUAAUGUACUAGUAGGUUAAUAAAAAAUUAAUUAAAAUUUAAGUUAUUGAGAGAGCUGUCAUGAAGCAAGUUACAAAGCCCACCAACAAUCUGAUUGAGAGAGCUGUCAUGAAGCAAGUUACAAAGCCCACCAACAAUCUGGUCAGAAGUAUCUCGAUUCUUGUCUAAUAGCUUUAUCACAAUGGUUUUGUUUUUAUUUACUACAUACUACAAACAUUCUUGUAGGAUUGGCUUUUUUAUCUGUAGUAAUUGAAAACCUCUGUCAGCCAUUCUCAGCGGGUGAACUGUUUUUGAAAGAUUUUUAGAGACCUGAGACCUUUAUACUUUGUUAUGAGCUGUUCUGCAAGGGUUUUUAAGUCAGUCCAGGGUAUCUGACAAACCCCAUUGUUGCUCUUUAUAAUGAAACUAUUUCACACAGCCAUUUCACUAAGCUGUAAAAGUAUUUUCUUAUAACUUUUCCCUUGUUUUCUAAGAAUAGGAUUGCAUUAUCUACCAGCAGUAUGUGUAAUUGUGAAGAACAAUGAAUUAGGCCAGGAUAAAAUCCCCGAAAAAAUUUAACCUGAAUUAACUCUUAUUAAGUUAACUGAAUUAAGUGCAUUCUUUGAAAACAAGUACUACCUCGUGAUAAUAAGACAUGGAGUUAAACGUAAUAAAAUUUACUUUUUGGCAGGAUUUUUUGUUUUCCACCUAUUAAAUCAAUUAUGAAACUGACAGAAUUAAUUUCACAGUAACAUUCAUAAGAAACAUUGACAAGUAGCAAAAAAAUUAUCUUUGACGUACAUAAUAUAUAAGCAUAAUUUUUACUUGACAUUUAUUUAUUUCUCAAUUAAGAUUCGGUAAGAAAAAGUCACAAGAAAUGUAGAAAAAUACAUUCAGCAUAGUGAAAAAGAAUUGUUUGUUUUAUUAACAAAUCAGACAGAGAGAGCCGGUUACAACUCAAGUUUUUAAUAUUUAACCCAUAUUGGCUAUUAAUAGUAAUUAAUUUACUUGGAGUUAUUCAAUGCAUGACACAUUGACAUUGUUUCAAAUGACUAUUUAGGCAAUUUUAGUUUAGCAUUUUUUCUCACCUAAUUUUGCCACUUUAAUUAAUAAUAAUUAAUAUAACAAUGAUAAUAUUUUAAAUGAAAACUCGUUAUAUUACAUUAUCAUCCAUAUAAUAGUUACAAGUGUUUAUAAAGAGGAAUUUUAGGACUUACUGAAUAAAAUUGUAAAUAUUUACAAAACUGAAGAUUAUAAGUAUAAAGGAAGGUAAGCAAUUUUUUUUAAUUAUGUACACUUAUCAUGCUUACUUGGGGAAUAAGAAAAAAUAAUGAAGCAAUAAAAAAAUAAAUAAAAGCAUUAUCUAAAAAAUUAAUUUUUGAUAUUAAAAUAAAGGUAAAUUUGGACACUUUGUACUUCACUAAUAGAAAUUAUUUUGUGCAAAUUUGAAUAAACAGGACCCCCCCUAAAUUUCAUAUAUAAGGUUUAAAAGUUAAAAAAAAAAAAAAAA